AUAAGUAACAUUUUAAAUUAGAGUGAGGAUUCAACUCUGAAUACACCACAGAAAAAUUGUUCAGAUCUUUACUUUUGAAACACUGGAAAGUUAUCCAUUUUACAUAAUGGAUAAAACAACCCAAUCCAAAAAUAUGAUGCAACCUUAAAACAGGAAGUCUAGUAUUGAUCUUCAAUGCAAUUUUAAUUUUGCAAAUUUUUAAAAUCAAUAAAUUUUUAGUUCAUAGUAAUUACCCCAAAAUGACACGUGGCCGGGAGAUGAAUGGCAGCUGGUGAUUGGUAUAGAUGUUCCUGUUUAAAUAAUAGGUCUUUUUGUUUGCUUUGAGCAGCUCCCUCAAAGUGAACGUCCUUCCACUCAGUAGUUUUACUGAUUCUGUCAAUACUGUAACAGAAUGGUUGUUAUUGACUUUAUAUUAGCAACAUAUUCCUGCAUUUGCACAGUGAAAUACCAACUAUCACAUUCACUUUCCAUUGAAACAUCAUGCUUAAAAACUCUAUAAUUGUUAAAUUAUUGCUUCAAAGAUUAAGUCUUCGGGAAUCGAGAGUCCUCGGUUGCUCACGCAGUCUGUAAUCCCAUGCUAUUUUUGAGCUGCUACUAAUGUUACUAAUGUGUAGUAAUAUGUCUGUGCAGCAUGGUUCCUAUUAAUCACGGGCAAAUGGAUCAUACCAGCAUGUUUUACAGAAUUCGGGAUCAUUAACCCAAAGCCUUUGUAAUAUUUCUGCAAAAAUUAAAAAUUAAAAGAAUCAUUAUGGUUCACACUCACUUCAGUUUCAGAUGGAGGGGUGCAACAGAAUGAUAAAUACUUGGCUCCUAGCCACAAAAACGAAUAAAAAUUAAAAAAUACUAAACACAUGAGUGCAGUUAACUGUUCAAGAUAUACAACCUUGGACUAUAUUCAUGCUCAAGACAUGUUUACUAGCAUGCUUCUAAACUCUAAUAUUAUAACAAGACCCUGGAGAUUCCAGGCUGAAAUUCUGCACUGCAAAUUUCAGCAGCUUUUUUGGAAAUUGAAAUAAAAUGUAUACUGUUUAUGCGCUGGGUAUUGCAACAAAAAUAUAAAGAUGUCGUAUUCAGAUAACCGAAGGACCUUAACCGAACCAGCACCAGCCCGAAAACAAAGUACGUUCAAGUGAUUUCUGUUGCCAGAUUGGUUUGCGCUUUCAUGAGUAUAGCGAGAUAAUGUGAACAAUUAAAAAGUAUUUUAUAUAUAUAUAGUACCAGAUAACAUGGGCGGUGUGCCCUCGCCUUCAAGAACAAUUCAAAACGGAGGAAAAUAUUAAACAAAAAUGUAACUUUUAACUGAAAACUUGACCAGUCAAGCUAAUUCAUUGUGAACAGGAGUGAGUCGAGUUUGUUUUUGUUAACUCAUAACACUGAAUUCCAUAAAAGCCCAGCUAAAACUCGUCUCAUCCCAAACUGAGCAAUGCACAGAGGCGGGCAGAAUCACAAAAGAUUGGCUGGAUAAUCAAGCUUUUUUUUUUGCAAUCUCUCUCUCCAUUGCCUUAAAAUAGUUCUGCCCAAUUUGAAGUUCCUUCUACUUCGCAGAGAAACUAGCGAAACCCGCCACUUCUAUUUCGUGGUGUGUUUUUUUUGUUGUUUAAUUGCCAUUCGCUUUCUCGACAAACCUGGGCUCCUGUCUUAUGAUCCAACAAUCCCAACCCCGGCGUGAAACCCCAGCCAGUGCCAAAUGAAACAUCAGUGCUUUAAUUAAAAUAUAAAAAAAAACCCAAAUAACUCGCAUUGGAGGGGGAAGGCUAGGACGGGGGAGUAAGACAACCCCCUGCGAGGGACUAACAAGCGAAAAUUAACCUGCUAAACGCCCAGACCCUCUGGGAACAGUCACCCUGCAUCUCGCCUUUUUGGCGAGAAAGGAUAGAUUUGAGACGAGGGAUCUGCCCGCCCCAGUCGCCCCACGAUUGGUAACUCGCAGCUGGAAGGGGGAGGGAUUUGGCCUGCCUUGUGUUAUAAAUGUAGAACAGUCACAGGCACCUAGCACAUUCAGCGAUCAUUAAUGCGUUGCGGCGCUGAAAUUCAUUUCGAGAGCUAUUCUUUUUCUGGGAGAGCGGGUGGGAGAGAAAAAGCGAGGAUCUGUGCAUCAAUAAGAAAUCUACCAACGGCGUCGCUUGCGAUCCUCAUUGACCGGCUCAAAGGAAAGGGAAAUCCCAGGCUUCCAAGCAAGGAAAAAGUUAGGAGAGGAACUGUGUGAAGUUCUUUUUUUAUUUUUUAAAAGAAAAGGUGCUGUUGUCGUGUACAGCCAUCUUGAUCCCACGCCUGCUGAGCUAAUGUUUUAUCGCUCCUGCCUGUCUCCUCUGCCCGUUGCCAAGUCUGAAGGAGUUAAAUGUGCCGAAUCUGAUCCGCAUGUUGUGCUGAGAGAUCCGGAGGAGGGACAGGGGGGGUGGGGGGGACGUUUGCACUUUGCGUUUAUUUAAGGAUCUAUAUUGGUGUUUAUAAACAGUCUGCCGGGCAUUCAGGAACAAAAAAAAAGCGAGGGGAAUAGCCCAGACUGAACGGAAUAAGGCUGCUGGAGACAUGGAGAGUUGCCUGCUGGAGGUCUACCUGCUGUCUGCCUUGGCUUUGCUGCAUAGAUCGAGCGGGGCCGCCGCCAAGGAGCUGUCCUGCCAGGAGAUCACCGUGCCCCUGUGCAAGGGCAUCGGCUACAACUACACCUACAUGCCCAACCAGUUCAACCACGACUCGCAGGACGAGGCGGGCCUGGAGGUGCACCAGUUCUGGCCGCUGGUGGAGAUCCAGUGCUCGGCCGACCUGCGCUUCUUCCUCUGCAGCAUGUACACGCCGAUCUGCCUGGAGGACUACAAGAAACCGCUGCCCCCGUGCCGCAGCGUGUGCGAGCGAGCGAAGGCGGGCUGCGCCCCGCUCAUGAGACAGUACGGCUUCGCCUGGCCCGACAGGAUGAGGUGCGAGCGGCUGCCCCGCCAGGACAGCCCCGACACCCUGUGCAUGGACUACAACCGCACCGAGCUGACCAGCGCCGCGCCCGCCGCCCCCUUCCAGCCGACCGGGCGGCCGACCCAUCCGGAGCCGGGCCAGGAGCGGGACCGAGGCCGCGGAGGAGCGGGACCGGCACCGCCGUGUCAGGCGGGCUGCCAGUGCCGGGCGCCCAUGGUGCAGCUGAAGAGCGAGAGGCACCCGCUCUACAACCGGGUGAGCACCGGGCGCCUGGCCAACUGCGCCGUGCCGUGCCAUGACCCGUACUUCAGCGCGGACGAGCGCAGCUUCGCCGCCUUCUGGAUCGGCCUGUGGUCGGUGCUGUGCUUCGCCUCGACCUUGGCCACCGUCGCCACCUUCCUCAUCGACAUGGAGCGCUUCAAGUACCCCGAGCGGCCCAUCAUCUUCCUCUCCGCCUGCUACCUCUUCGUGUCGGCCGGCUACCUGGUGCGGCUGGUGGCAGGCCACGAGAGCGUGGCUUGCGGCCGCCGGCAACUCGGCUCCGAGCAGCACGUCCACUACGAGACGACGGGGCCGGCGCUCUGCACCGUGGUCUUCCUGCUGGUCUACUUCUUCGGCAUGGCCAGCUCUAUCUGGUGGGUCAUCCUGUCCCUCACGUGGUUCCUGGCCGCCGGCAUGAAGUGGGGCAACGAGGCCAUCGCCGGCUACUCGCAGUACUUCCACCUGGCCGCCUGGCUGGUGCCCAGCGUCAAGUCCAUCGCCGUGUUGGCCCUCAGCUCGGUGGACGGCGACCCGGUGGCUGGCAUCUGCUACGUGGGCAACCAGAACCUGGACAACCUGCGCGGUUUCGUUCUGGCGCCGCUAGUCAUCUACCUGCUGAUCGGCAGUAUGUUCCUCCUGGCCGGCUUCGUCUCCCUCUUCCGCAUCCGCCGGGUCAUCAAGCAAGGCGGCGGCGCCCAGACCGAUAAGCUGGAGAAGCUGAUGAUCCGCAUCGGGGUCUUCACCGUGCUCUACACCGUGCCCGCCACCAUCGUGGUGGCCUGCUACUUCUACGAGCAACACAACCGGCCGAGCUGGGAGCUGAGCCACAACUGCCACUGCCCGGGAGACCCGUCCCAGCAGCCGGGAGGAGGAGGGGGGGAGACGGCCAGGAAACCGGACUACGCUGUCUUCAUGCUCAAGUACUUUAUGUGUCUGCUGGUGGGCAUCACGUCGGGGGUCUGGAUCUGGUCGGGCAAGACACUGGAGUCGUGGAGGGCCUUCUGCACGCGUUGUUGCUGGAGUAGCAAAGGUACCGGCGGCUCCAUGUACAGCGACGCCAGCACCGGCCUAACCUGGCGAUCAGGCACCGCCAGCUCCAUGUCUUACCCUAAGCAAGUGCCGUUAUCCCAAGUCUGACAUCUCCUCGCACAGACUUUCAACACCCCCCUCCUCUCCACCCCCUUGAAGAUUCGCGUCCAGCAUCUUUAUUAACAUGUUAAUGAACUUCUAAUGGUAUCCAUUAGUCAGAAGUGAAGGAGUGACCAGAGCACUGUACCUGGCGCUGAUACUUCUUAAAUCUUAAAACUAUUUUAUAUGCACAGGACAUCCACUAGGUGUUAAAUGUGGGAGGAAAAGGAUUUUCUACUGCGUUGUGCUCAAGAGCAGGAACGCUUUUUUUAAAAAAACCUGUCGGGAGUUUGUGUUAUGUUCAUGUAAGAGUCAAUCCUCUUACUUGCUGGCAUCUGUUAAAGUAACUUAAAACGGGGAGACAAAAAUGGCGUACUUGACACAUCUUAACAUACUGGGUGCAUCAACCGGCCUUAAAAUCCUGUUUUUUUUAAUAUCCCAUGUAAUACGGGUUUCUUGCAAAAGUUGUAUUUAUAUAAUUAUUUGUACUAUGAACACAAACUUGUAAAUUGUGUACAUAACAAAAGUGUUUUUGAAGUAUAUACAGAGUAUGUAAAUUUUUUUGUAUUAAAAAAAAGUCUAGUGGUUGCUUCAGCCAGAGCACCAGAAAUAUUUGAAGCAAUUAUUCUAUUUUGACAAUAAAACAAC